AUGUCUACAGACACUGCUGCUGUCAAGUGCCUUACCGUUGCCACUUCUCAUAUAUCACAGAUCGCUCAAGACUUGGCUGAAAUCCGUGCCUCCUUGAAGCGACUCGAGGCAGAGCUCUUCUACAGAUCAAUUCCCUGGGCUUCACCGAUACCCUCCUCGGGAAUCAAGAGGGGUGGAGAUAAUUGCCUGGAGUCUAGUUCAAAACGCCAACGCACUGGUCACGAAGUUAAUAUCCGAGCAACACGAGCUUGGUUGAAAAUCAACGACGAAACCCACGAGUAUGUCAUGGAGCCAAAGCGUGGUAAACGAAAGCAGCGAUGGAAGAGCACGUUUAUCAGCCAAAAAGAAGAAGUAGAUGGAGAAUAUCUCCUCACCUUCUCUGAUGUGUUGUCCAUCGAGAUUCGGGCGAAUGCGGACUGGCUUCCUAUAAGAGUCACAUGGAACGACGAGUCCGGUUUAUUCGAAGGUACAGAGGGUAUUAACGGGAAGACACUUCAAGUGACUGAUGUAGUGAUGAUAAAUGUUAUGGGAGGUGUUGGGAACUCAUAUAUCGCUUACAUCAUCUAG